CGAACUGCGACUGCCCUGUCCGGUGAGCUUCUCCGCGCUUUCUCAUUCCGGGUCUGCAACUGGAGCUGUGUAGGAGAGCAAGGCAGGUGGAAUUAGAUGAGGGGAGCUGCUGAAAGAACAGCUGUUUGUCUCCAACAUGCACUAUGCCGUUGUUGUAUGACAUGACAUGGUCUUUGGAGAGCGGUGGUGAGGGGCAGAUGGGUUGGAGGAGGCAUAAAGGCAAUAUCGCGUUGUUGCAGGACAGUAGACCACCGUAGAAGGCAGGGCGGUGAGUUGGCUAGGGCUCCAGCCAUGCACCGUGAGAGGAGCGAGUCUUGUCCUCAUACGCUUCCUUUGUUGCAGCAGCCGGGAAGGAAGACCAGAAUCGCAGAGCCAGGUACCAUAUUUCCCAUUCCUCGGCCACCCAAUGCCCAGCACAGACGAUAGUUAUGCCAUGAUCCUUUGCAACCACUUAGCCACCCUCUCGACGUUGGCCGGUCGGGUAAAGGACACCUUUACUGGUCAAUUCGUUCGGUGUCCAAAACUGCUACUGGGCUUCUUGCAGUGCCCCAGCCACCCCUUGACCAUUAAAUACGUUCAUUGCCGCAACAACCUGAAUGUCCUAAUUCCCCUCGAUUAUUUCCCCGGUUCCACACUCCUGUUCGCUUUGGCGCAAAAGAAGUGGACGAAGCAUGCACACGCGACCAAUUCUUCCAAUUCUUCCAAUAUUCCACCACGAUCCCACUUUAUAGCUUUGACACGUAUACAGUUCUGGACAUCCAUUCCAAUAGGCCUUGCUAAAAGCUGUGUUCCAUCCUACGAUCAAGUGUUCAUCGCAGGACGCGUAGCUCGAGAGAACAAGGGUGCCUCUUCGAACCCGACGUCUGUCGAGUGUCCAUGGUCUAUAGAGGGAGAAUACGGUACAUGGAAGUAUGAUGAUGGGCGUUCGAGAGUUUUCGUGGGUGUCGAAGGGGUUCGACUUCGGAUCGUCUUCGGAAACGCCUGUUGUAUCGUAGACUCUUGAGGUUGAAGUAACACUUGGGACAACUCUUCCCACUAAAGAAAUCCCCGGAUUGUACUCAGCAUAUCGAGGGACAUAAUAGAGGAUAGGUGCGUC